UUGCCGGGCAAACGCGCGUCAAAUAUGGACCCAGACGCCCUUCGAAAACUAGCUGCCCAGCUGCGAAAUGCUGGAGGAAAGGGAGGGGGUCCUAGUCGAGGGGUAUUUACCGCUACUGGGAUCCUCAUUGCGGCUGUAGCAGGUGGUGUUGCUCUCAACGCUAGUUUGUUCAAUGUCGAUGGUGGUCAUCGUGCUAUCAAGUAUACUCGGUUAAAUGGAAUCAAGGAGCAGGUUUAUAGCGAAGGCACCCACAUAAAUAUUCCCUGGUUCGAAACACCUAUAAUAUACGACAUUCGUGCAAAGCCAAGGAGUAUUGCGAGUCUGACGGGAACAAAAGGUUUCGUAGGCUUGCUCGCUUCCACUGCUAAAUCCACCCCAGACCUACAAAUGGUUAACAUUACUUGCCGUGUUCUAGCACGGCCUUCUCCACAAGCAUUACCAACGAUUUAUCGCGAGUUGGGCCUUGACUACGACGAGCGAGUGCUACCGUCGAUUGUCAACGAGGUUCUAAAAAGCGUUGUUGCGCAAUUCAAUGCUAGUCAACUUAUCACUCAGCGUGAAAAUGUUUCGCGCCUGGUACGUGAGCAUCUCACGACUCGUGCUCUACGCUUCAAUGUGGUCCUGGACGAUGUUUCCAUCACCCAUGUCGCGUUUUCACCCGAGUUCACCCAUGCAGUAGAAGCCAAGCAGGUCGCCCAACAAACGGCUCUACGUGCCGCAUUCUUGGUUGACCAGGCUCGUCAAGAAAAACUUUCAAUCAUCGUGCGAGCGCAGGGUGAGGCAAAGAGUGCAGAGCUAAUUGGGGAUGCUAUGAGGCAAAACAAGGGUUUCCUUGAACUCCGCAGACUGGAGGCAGCACGAGAGAUUGCCAAUCUGCUUGCUACAUCCGGAAACAAAGUCAUGCUCGAUUCAGCUAGCUUGCUUUUGAACGUUACAGGAAAUGAUGGAAAGGACAUUCUAAAAGUUGGGAAGUAG